AUCAGCAUGUGAGAGGAGACAGUACGUGCACAACAUUUUCACAUGGGGUAUACAUUGAUAACAGCUGAUGAUUUAUUAUGUACAUUUUAGAUACAUUUGGAUAAUACAUUGCUGAUGAAGAUCUAAUCCAUACAGCCAAGACAACGUGUAGAUGUGAUGAGUCCCCAGAGUUUCAGGAACCUCAAGUCUUCACCAAUAUCUGUGUUCUUUAUGAAUGAAUUGCCACUUGAGAGCGUAAUAUACAGACGGCUUGCCGUACUCAACCUACUGCUGAUGUAGUGGCGGUAGCUAUGCAACAGUAAUAUUAAUUGGAGAAUACUUGCUAGGUUGUGUUAGGCUGCUUUGGUGCAGUAAUUAAGGCGUAAUUUGUAAAUAACAACUGCCACCCUCUUUUCUGAUGCUGCGACCUUAACAGGCUGUUACGCCUUUUGAACUUUGCCAAUAUUAUGUGGUUGAUUGGUUGAUAAGAUAUACACUGACAUUGCAAGCCCAAGCAAAGAACUGUCACAGUUAAGCUGAAAUUUUCCUGGUUGGAGACCACCAAUACCUGUCAUCAGAUUUUUUGUGUACAAAGGAUCAAGAGACUGCUUCCAGGAGCAUUUUGUGUCAGUGUCAGUUGUUUUGCUGGUGCAUCAGUUUAACUGUUCUGAGUAGAUGGAUUUAAGUGCUUCUGGGGAGGACAGUUCAAGUCUUCGGCCAGAGAAACCUGCGGACUGGUUCGGGGUCCAGCUGGAGGUAACAUCAAAAUUGCUGGAGGCUGAACAGAAGAAGUUACGAGUUUUACAAAGGGAGCUUGGUCAGCAGCUGAAGUCUUUUGCCUUUCAAAGGAGAAAAGAAAUUGACCAACUUGAAGCAAACAUUGACCGCAUUUCACAACAGUGUGACCAGCUGACCUUUGAGUAUCAGCAAGCUGCCAUAGGAUGUCUCCAAAGAAGCAACAAAAGGAGAAAGUCCUCCAGAAGCCAGCCAGCUAUAGGCUUGAAGCAGACACCCAAAAGCCGGCCUUCAAUAUUUGGCACGCUGGCGAAGGACAAGUCCCCAGCUCACCAAGACUCCAGAAGGAGUAUUGGUCCCCAGAUGAUGAGUCUGUGCCACAUGUUCCGCUCAUCUGGGGAUGGAUAUGAUGGACUCACUGUAGAUGAAAAUGAUGCACUGAUCUUCCAAGACGGGAACCUCCUGGCAGGAUCGCUUGACGCCUUGAUUCGCCAUCUUGUACCCACAGCAGAAUACUAUCCAGAUAGGACAUACACUUUUGCAUUCCUUUUGAGUUCUCGGUUGUAUGCAAGGCCUCAUGAGUUGCUAAAAGAAGUCUGCAAGCUUUGCAAGUCACAACAGCACUUAGAAGAUGGAGAAAAGGUCAACAAGGAAAAAUUAGGGAAAUUUGGUCCAAAUAUCAUUCAGUUAUUAGGGGAGUGGACAGAAAUGCUUCCAUAUGACUUCAGGGAUGAGCGUAUGAUGAAACAGUUGAAGGAAAUCACACAGAAGAUAGUGACGAUAUAUCCUGAGUUAAGGAAAGAAGUUGGCAUGAUCAUGCAUGACCUAAUUACAAAGUUGUCUAGUUUACAGAAAUAUGAAGAAGCACUUCAAAAGAUCAAUGCAGAGGCCACUCAGAGACUAAAACACAUUGUGCCAACGACUGAUAUCGUCCAAAUGUGCCCAAGUCCACUAGAUUUGGCUCAGCAACUUACACACAUAGAGCUGGAAAGGCUCACAAACAUAGGGCCUGAAGAAUUUGUACAGGCAUUUGCCAAGGAAAAUGAAUUACAGACCUCAUACGAUGACAUGAAGAAAACCAGCAAUUUAGAAGCAUAUGUGCAGUGGUUUAACAGAUUAAGCUACUUAGUGGCCACAGAAAUUUGCAUGCAUUUAAAAAAGAAGCACAGAGUACGCACAAUAGAAUACUUUGUUGAUGUUGCUAAGGAGUGCUUCAACAUUGGGAACUUCAAUUCUCUAAUGGCUAUCAUUGCGGGUAUGAAUAUGAGUCCAGUUGCCAGAUUAAAGAAAACAUGGUCUAAAGUCAACACACAGAAGUUUGAAAUACUUGAGCACCAAAUGGAUCCAUCAAACAACUUCAGUAGUUACAGGUCUACGCUGAAGGCAGCCUUAUGGAGGUGCGAGGGGGCUGUGGAAGAGAGAGAAAAGAUAGUCAUUCCAUUCUUCAGUCUUCUUGUGAAAGACAUUUAUUUUCUAAAUGAAGGAUGUGCCAACAGAUUACCAAAUGGUCAUAUCAACUUCGAGAAAUUCUGGCAGCUGGCCAAACAGAUAACCGAGUUUAUUACGUGGAAGCAAGUUGAGUGCCCCUUUGAAAGACAGAGUCAUGUGUUGAAUUAUGUUCUGACAAAUCCAGUCUUCUCAGAAAACUCCCUGUCAUUAGCAUCUUUUGAAUGUGAACCGCCAGAGAACAGUUAUGAGAAAGAGAGAUACAAAAAUGUCAAGUCGGAGAUGGAGUUGUGACACCACAGAUGAGAAACUCCCAAGGUUUUUGAACCCAGAUCAUGGUGCUAUAGUUAAAAAUAUCUCCUCUCUGAUCAUUGGCUGGUCAGUUUGCAGGGCAUUGUGUCCAGUAGUGAUUGACCAAUGCAGGGUCUGAGUGCAGCCAGUGGUAGCCAGGUACAGCACAGUGUUGGGGACUGGAGUGGUGGACAAAACCAACAUUUCUCCAGCUGAAGUUGGAAUGGACAUGCACUUUGCAUUCUUGUGUUCAGGAGGAAUUUGAACAGUAGAGUGGCUGUGAAGAAAACGCUUGCAAUGGUAGUAUGACAUGCAGUGGCAUGUUUGUAUAAACAGCUGUGGUGUCACAUGUGUACGCAGAGACAGAUGUCACCAAAGCAAGGUGUCCUCAUGGACAGCUGAAGUCUGCAAAACACAAACUGUCACUCUGAGAGUUCUGCAGUGAAAUAGACUGACUGCUUUGUGUCCGAGGUUCAUACAAACCUAGACCAGGUUUGUGACUGUACAGAAAAUUUACCGUAUUAUCAUCCCCACAAAGUGUGGGUUACUACAUCAUUGUAUAUACACAUCACCAGGUGAAAAAAAAACUAUAUAUUUUCAAUACGUAUAUGUGCAGAAAUUAUUAUUGUAAUUAUUGCAGUAUGCAACAGCAAAGUACUAUUUAUAUUUUAAGAUUUCCUAAAAUAGGAAAGAUGCAGUUUUUUCAUGGAGAGAAAUUGUAAACACUGCAUGUCUUCAGUCCAGAUGGAAUUUUGCUUGUUUUUUGGACAAUUGGUCCAAGACUCACAAACAACAUGUAAUGAUCUGUUUCCUUCUGUCUGUAGUCAUUUUAGAACAAUGGAGAAGGUUUUUGGUUCGUAUAAUGAAGCCAAUUUAAGAUGUACAAGUCCUGCUUUAGCAUGCCACUUAGCAGAACUUGAUACCUUGAGGCUGUAAUUAAUGUAUCAGUGUCUUUACAUAAAGCUGCUCCUGCAGGAUUACAGAUGCAGCUAUUGCUGCGUGGCUUGUGAUUGCUAUUCAUCAACAAUUUCUGCCAGCAAACUCAAGCAGGCUGGUAAAAAAAUUAAGUGUUUGAAAAUGAAUUAGUGACAAGUUGAUUGCAGGGAAAGAGAUUUAUAGUAAAUACAACAGAGAGAAAUACAUUUUAGAAAACUUAACCAACAUUUUCAGUCUGAUCUUUAUGAAACAAGUUAAAAAAUACAUAUAGAUGUUAGCCGAACCUAAGCAAUAGGCUAGAAGAAUGUCCGUGGUCUCUGUAAAGGAUAAACCAUAUUGAUGGUGACUGAACAAGUUUUGAUAGACAUUAAGUUGUUGUCCAGGUAUCUGGAUAAGAUUUGUUGGAAUUGCUGAAGAGAAUGUUAACCAAUACUAGUAAUCUGAAUGUAAUAAACAGAACUGCUCAAAAAGGUGCUAAAAUGGGAGGCACAUAUUGAAAAUCGGAAUACAAACUUGUGUGUAUAAAUUGCUGCAACUUUAUACCAUUAAAAUACAUGCUAUAUCACUUUGUUUUUAUUCCAUAGAUAAGAGAGCCGUUGCAAUUUAAGAGACCCUCCAUAAUUCUAUAUCUCCAAGUGAAAACAUCCACUUGUUUCUAAGUAACUGUCAUUGACUGCAUAGAAUGUACAUUAAAAGUGAUUCAGGAUGUUAUUUAGGCUAACAGUAGCUGUCAAAAGGAGAAAGUAACACACUGAAAAAGACAGGGUAACUGCUAUUUAUAUUUUAAAAACAAUCUGUAUGCCAUAGGUUUAUGUGAUAACGUGUGCUAGUAAUUCAAAAAAUAUAUUUAUUCAAGCAGUCCAUUUUACGGUCUGGUAGUUGGUUAACUAGGUUUUUUAACUGUGUAAAAUCGGCAGUCCUGACAUCACUAUUUCCUUCUAUACAUGAAUUAGAUACAUUUUCUUAUAUACCAUUGUUUUUGAGACUCCACUCUGGAAUUAUAUGGCUAAUAUGCGAACAUAUUAGUAUAUUUUUGAACCUAAAAACCAGUGUUAAAACAUGCAAUUCCGUACGACAGCUUUACAUUGUAUUCGUGACACACUAGCUGCUCCAUUAGGGUAGCCAUUAUUACUGAAGUACAUGUAUUUCUUCACAAUCAGUAGGCUUAUGCCCCGCUUUAUGUCACAGGCAGUAAGGGUAAAGAUGAGACGUUAGACGCAGCAUUCACCGUUUAUUGAUUCAACUUUGAAAAAAUACAACAGAUCCGUCAGUGUGGAGUAUUCCACCUUAAACGCUCUGAAGAUGUUUAGGGCAAUUGAGGUGGCGGUCAAAUAGACUGAGUAAAUAGAGCCCUUCAGUUGCCAUAGUGAGUCUGUUGAAAACUUGAUCGUCAUCUGUUUUGCAAUGUUGGAUUUGCACCAGUUCUGUACAAUACUACUGUACAUUUGUACUAGGAUCGAUCGAGUGGUCGAUUGAAAGCUUCAGCAAUAAAAAGACCUUAAAUUA